AAUCGAAGGUCUCUCCAGUCAAGGAGUUAUAGAUGCACGGCACAUAACCAUAAAAAAGGUCCAGAAAUAGUUACCACUCAACACAUAAUCUUAACAUUCAACACUUCUAUACUACCUGAUGAUAUUAAAGCAGGGUACCGAAACUGUAAAAUUCGCCCAUACAUUCCUAAUCCACUCCGAUGCUUCAAAUGUCAAAAAUUUGGCCAUUCUACAAACAACUGCAGAGGAAAAGAGACUUGCUCUCGCUGCAGUGAAACCGGUCACACUUUUAAAACCUGUAAUCAGCCAGAAAAAUGUACUAACUGUUCCGAAUCUCACUCUGCAAAUUCUCGCCAAUGUCCUAAAUGGAAACAGGAAAAACAAAUAUUAAAUAUUAAAGUAAUGCAAAACUUGUCAUAUUUUGAAGCCAAAAGUAAAUUUUUAAGCUCACAACCUAGACUUAAUGUUUCUUAUGCUUCAGUGGUAAAAACUUCAAAAACAACUAAAUCCAUAGGUAUACAGACUGACAAUAGUGAAUCUGAACUUCGAAAUACAAAACUUACCAUAUCACCCAAAUGUUCAAAAGCUCUGACAACAACUCCUUCUCAGACAUCCAAUACGUUAAAAUCUAAAACUGUACAGCUUUCUCAGCAAUCCAAAGUCUCAACCCCAUCAACUUCUGAUCAGUUAUCUCAAAAUACUAUUAAAAACAGUCAAUACCUGAAAAUAACCCCGCAAAUGGUCAAUGUUCUUCACAAAAAAUUAACUCAAUCCCCAUUGGUAAGUAAACCUAAAUAUGUAUCUAAAAGCAGACAAAAUCGUUUCAAUAAAAACCGGAAAAAACUACCAAACAGCCAACAGGAUCAGCUUUCAUCUGAUACGAUGAUUACAGACGACGAGAAUUGCUCAGAUGCUUCUCAAAACUCUCAAAUGCAAAUAGAAAAAGGGAUGGAAACUCCAGAAAACCUGAAACCCAAAAACAUUAAAAAUAAAAAAUAAUGGCCGAUAAACUCAUAUCGUGGAAUUGUCGUGGGUUUUAUGUUAAUUUUCCAGAUAUCAAAAAUUUAAUUGAAAAACAUAAUCCCGCUUGUUUCGCACUUCAGGAAACAUUUUUGAAACCUAACCACAAAGCUAAUGUACAAAGAUAUUCGCAUCUAAGGAAAGAUUUUAUUGAUGGAAAUAAGGCAUGCGGAGGUGUAUCUCUCUUGAUUUCAAAAAGUUAUCCAUUUUCACCUGUUCUAUUGACAACUACCUUGCAAGCAGUAGCAGCACAAGUUACAUUUCAAUCAAAACUCAUCACAAUAUGCAGUCUGUACCUUCCACCAAACCAAUCAAUAUUGCAAUCAGAUCUAAACAAACUAAUAGCUGAACUACCGCAACCAUUUAUAAUCACAGGUGAUCUAAAUGGGCAUAGCAUAACUUGGGGAAGUGAUACUACAAAUUCUCGCGGGAAUCAAAUAGAAACAUUAAUAGACGACCACCAACUCUGUAUACUAAAUACUGAUGAAAAAACACAUUUCCACUUUCCAUCUCGUACAUUCCAUUCCAUUGAUUUGACACUGUGUUCACCACGCAUUUAUACCUUAUUAAAAUUUUUUGUUUGGAAUGACCUUUAUCAUAGCGACCAUUUUCCACUAAUCAUCAAUAUUUUGAAACCUGGAAAUACGAAUACAGUGCACUCCCCUAGACUGCUAACACACUUAGCAAACUGGACACUUUUUCAAGAGUCCCUAGCAUUCGACGAAGAAAUUGUUUAUAAUGGUAAUAUUGAAGAAGCUGCACAACAUAUUACAAAUUCUCUAAUAUCCGCAUCUGAAAAUUCCAUUCCACGUACUUCAAAUAAUUUACCUAAAUACCCAAAACCAUGGUGGAACGAAGAAUGCA